AUGACGGGCCUACAGGUUACAGAAGCCCAUAGCCCAUUAGGUAGAGAAGCCCAAUAUCACCCCUUGUGGAUUGUGGUUGGAUCACGUCAACCGCCAUAUACGCAUUACUCUUUCUCAUUGGCAAUUCGUCGAACACCUUCAAUAAAAUUAGCUAAAAACUCAUAAUUAUCAUCCUCGAUGCAUAACACAAACCCAUCCAAACAACCAAUCCUAAUUGCACGGUUGUCGCGUGGUAACCACGCACCAACUGCCUCUUCCUUAAUGUGUGGGCCCUUCGCUCCAUCUUAAGCCUCUAUAUCACGCUCCUAUGGUGCGCGUUGGAACCCUGCUCAAAGCGCGCUAGAGAUUUUUGCCCUAAUCGCCUGCGAACGUCCUCCCUUAUCCUGAGAAUAUGUCUUCGCUUCGAUGAAUAAAUUCUUAUAAAUCGACGAUGUCUUCUCCUCGGAUCUUUACGCUACUCGAAUCGUCAAUCGUUUCGGCUCUCUUUGCAGCUUUUCGAUUCUCUGUUUGAUUUCUCUUUAGGAAUGGAACCGAUGGACAUCGUUGGGAAGUCCAAAGAGGACGCUUCUCUUCCCAAAGCUACUAUGACCAAAAUUAUUAAGGAGAUGCUGCCUCCAGAUGUUCGCGUUGCGAGAGAUGCGCAAGAUCUUCUGAUUGAGUGUUGUGUAGAGUUUAUUAACCUUGUUUCAUCUGAGUCCAAUGAAGUUUGUGGUAGAGAGGAGAAAAGAACAAUUGCACCUGAGCAUGUGCUCAAGGCUUUACAGGUUCAUCAUCAAUUUGAUUCUUUUCUUGCAUAUUUUUGCGUGUUGUCUUCCCCUAUUUUACUAUUUCUGUUCUUAAUGCAUGGUAAAAUAACCAUAUCACUUUCAUUUGACGUUAUACUAGUCAGUCUUAUGCACAUGCACAUGCUCAAGUCAGUCUUAUGCACAUGCACAUGCUCUUUUCAUCGUUGUAGACUGCUCAAAGUCAGAUCUUGUGCACAUGAUUUUGUAGCUAUUGCUUUCUGCCUUGUUCCAUUCCAUCUCUUCUAAUAUCAUUGUACAGUCAAUGGUUACAUAUUGGGUGAUUGAAGGUAAUUUAGAGCUAACUGUGCUUUUUUCUUCUAUGAAGCAAAAAAUAAAUAGAUAAAUAAAAACUCCCAAAGUCAAUGAAUGGAUGUUCAAUUUUUUUUUUUUUUUUUUUUUUUGGGAGUAUCAGAGAUAGCCCCAUGGAUUGUUGAGACAGCUGUUGAUGUGGCAUUUGGAUGAAACAUGUAGUUGUAUCCGUGCACUCCGACCUUAGUUGAGCUAGAUGGAUUAUGUAUUUAGAGAGAUGAUACAACUUCGGCUUAAAUAUUUUUUGAAAUCAUAAGGUUGUCGCCGUGUGACCUGGAGGUCACCGGUUUCAGGUGUGGAAACAGCUUCUUGCAAAAAUGCAAGGUAAGAUUGGGUACUAUAAACCCAUUGUGAUCCGCCCCUUCUCCGGAUCCCCACAGACAUGGGAGCUUUGUGCACCGGGCUGCCCUUUUAUAAGGUUUCUAUAUGGCCAUUGAACACUGUUGUUUGUGGUCUCCUUUUAUGUUUUUUUAAAUGCAAUCCAACAAAUCAAUCUUAAAAUAGCAAAUUGGGAAGCAGCUUGUGGUGCUACGGCUCCUUAGUAUAAAAUUGAGACAAAAUCUUGUAUUUUUACUAUAUUUUACCAUAACACCCUAAUUUAUGUUCUAUAAUCUACCAAACUUCAGAUACUCAGUUUUGACAAUGUUGCCCCUUUGUCUUGUCUACCCCCAUGUUAUGAUAUCUAUAGCACGUCCAUCCUGUUCCUGGAGAAACUAAAUAUGCAUUGGUAAUUUGAUAUAUUCAAAUCCGUAUCACCUUAAUUGCUUUUUGGUUUAUAUUUGGUUAUUUUCGUGGUGCACCCUUAUUCCCAGACAGGGAUUCAGUCUUGUCAUUCAUAUGACAAACCACCCUACGUGUGGGUUUGCACAUAUCCCGAGUUCAUGCCAGAGUAAUGAGUGGUUUUCUGGCAGAAGGUUGGAAACAGUGCUUCAAUAAAUGGAUUUGAAUUUACUAAAUUUAUUGCAUAAAUAAAAGAGUAUAACUAGCUGUUGAGAGGACGAAUUUUUGCUGUGAACUAGCAAAGUACAAAUAUGUGGAUUGUACCAUCAUGAAGAAUAUCUGUGUGCAUGUGAACUGCUUUCAAAAUUAAUGCCUGUUUCUUUUUAGUUCCAUUUUGGUUCAAGUAAAUGACUUUUGUGACAUUACCUGUAGCUUUUGCUAAACAGCUGAGCUUUAUGUCUGCUUUUCUGUAGCCAGUUAUUUGCAAAUAUGGCACUGUUUGUAAAUUGGCAUUUGUGCUAUAUAGUUCAUGCACACCCCCACCCUCCACUCGCCCACAAAUCCAUACCUUUGCACCUACACCCCCACACAAAAUUGGUGCCUUCUAAUUCCUGUUAUGUUUUUCCCCCCAAAAACUACAAAAUGGGUUUUGUAGUGUUGAUGCAUGUAUUUUUAAGAGAUGUGUAUGUUUUUUAUGUGUUGCCCUGUUUGUCAGGUUCUUGGGUUUAGUGAAUACAUUGAGGAGGUUUAUGCUGCAUAUGAGCAACACAAGCUCGAGACUAUGGUAAUUGCUUCUCAUCCACAUUUAAGUUUUUGGCUUUAUGCAAGGCUGUGGUUUGGAAGACUGGAUGGGACCAAUCAAGAGAACUGUAAGAACUAGGAAGUGGUCCCUGGUCUGGAUGGUUCUACCAGCUCUUUUAAAAAACUGUUCAUUUUUUGAAGUAUGGAUGUUCUCGUUUGCUCUAAACCUUCUUUCAUCUUCUUGUCUUCUGAUGUCACAAUAUUAUGUGGGAUUUUCUUUCUCAUUUUUAUACACUUGCUUGCACACAAAUGAACAAGUGAGUGAUCAACAGGCCGCUGUUGUAUUUUUGACUUUCAACCCAUUUCUACCAACACUGGAAAUGGCUAAUUAUAUAUGAUUCUUGGUUUGGAAAUGCCAACAGGAUUCAUUGAAGGGUGGUAAAUGGAGCAAUGGAGCUGAGAUGACCGAGGAGGAAGCAUUAGCCGAGCAGCAGAGAAUGUUUGCAGAGGCCCGGGCAAGAAUGAAUGGAGGGGCUUCUGUUCCCAAACAACCAGAACUCAAUCCAAGUUUGCAGAGCUAACUUUUAGGGUUCUUAGUUUCUUUAUUCAUAGGCUAGCAUCCUUGAGUCUUCUAUAUGUGCUUCAGUUUCUUAUAUUUGUGUACAAAAUCUGUUGACAAGUGCCAUAGGCAUUCUGUGGAUUUGCCAUUUGUUUGUAUUUUUACGUCAGGGUUAUGUUUAUAACUUACUGUAAUUAAUGAGUGUUCCUACAAAUUGGACUUUUUUUCUCUCUUCACAAA